AUGGUCGAUCCCAAUUUCUACACCUUGUACCAGGGAAUGCACGUCCCCAGUUUCUUCUUCACUCCGGAGUCUCUGAAGUACUGGGAGGACUUCACGUUUCGCCCGGAUGAUGUUAUUGUAGCAACGUACCCUAAAUCAGGUACAAACUGGGCGAUGGAGAUGGUGCCACUGGUUCUGUCUGGAGGGGACUCCAGUCUGGUGGACUCGGUGGCCGCAUGGGAGCGCAGUGCCGGGAUCGGACAUGUGUACGCCCUCGGCAGAGACCUGGAGAACAAGCCCUCCCCACGAUUCUUUGCUACGCACUACCACUACCAUGCCCUGCCCAAGUCCUUCUACCAAGUCAAACCCAAGGUGAUCAACGUCAUGAGGAAUCCCAAAGAUGUGCUGAUAUCUGCUUUUCACUUCUACAACAGUGUGGAGUUUCACUCUAAUCCAGGCACGCUCACUGAAUUCUUCCACAAUUUCCUCCAAGGCAAUGUUGCGUUCAAUUCCUGGUUCGAGCACGUGAAGGGCUGGCUAAAUGCGGAGGACAAGUCUCAUAUUUUGUACCUGACCUUUGAGGAGAUGCUGCAGGAUCUGCCGCAGGUGGUGAGAAGGACGGCUGAGUUCCUGGAGAAGCCCCUGGACGAGGAGCAGGUAGACAGGAUCGCAGACAGGUGCUUGUUUAAGAACAUGAAGAAACACAACCACAAAGUAACCGCCGGCCUCGACCACUCCAAGUUCUACAGGAAAGGAAUUGCUGGUGACUGGAAGAACCAUCUGUCAGAGGAGGAGGUGCAGCACUUUGACUCUGUAUACAAAGAGAAAAUGAAAGAUGUUGAUUUUAAGUUCCCGUGGGAUUAAAACGUUUUGUUCUCCAAAACCUUUCACUUUUAAUUUCUUUUUUUUUUUUUUUUUUGGGUGGCACUUUUUAAUGCACAUCAAUUACAAAUCAACUCUAAAAUAGUUUCUUCUUGAAGGUGCUUACAGUGCACUUCCUGACCUCAAUAUGACCUCCUUAUCCAAUAUAUCUGAGCAAGAACAACUAGCAUGCUAACAGUGAUACACCAGCCGCUCAUUGACUUUUAUUUAUUUCACAUUUUUCUCCGAUCAAAGUGCAUGUUACAACCCGACAGAGCCUCGUCAAGAAUAUCAAUUCGAAAUAAUGACACAGGUUUGACACGAAACAAGCAAAGAAAGCGGCUCAUCUGUACAGUUCGAUCUGCAG